GGCCCUGAGCGCCCGCGGCCCCGCAGAGCCGCGGCCGGCGAGGCCCGGAGCGCCCGGCCGAGGAUGGGGAUCCUCUUCACCAGGAUAUGGAGGCUCUUCAACCACCAGGAGCACAAAGUGAUCAUUGUGGGCCUGGACAAUGCAGGGAAAACGACCAUUCUGUACCAAUUCUCCAUGAACGAGGUGGUUCACACCUCUCCCACCAUCGGCAGCAACGUGGAGGAGAUCGUGGUGAACAACACGCGCUUCCUGAUGUGGGACAUCGGCGGCCAGGAGUCCCUGCGCUCCUCCUGGAACACCUACUACACCAACACCGAGUUUGUGAUAGUUGUGGUGGACAGCACAGACAGAGAGAGAAUUUCUGUGACUAAAGAAGAGCUCUAUAAAAUGUUAGCACACGAGGACUUGAAGAAGGCAGGAUUGCUGAUCUUUGCUAACAAGCAGGAUGUGAAGGAGUGCAUGACAGUAGCUGAGAUCUCCCAGUUCCUGAAGCUGACUUCAAUUAAGGAUCACCAGUGGCACAUUCAGGCCUGCUGUGCUCUCACUGGGGAGGGACUGUGCCAAGGACUGGAGUGGAUGAUGUCCCGGCUGAAGAUCAGAUGAUUGUUAAUGCCCUCUUUGCACAGACAUUGCUGCAGCAGAGCUGUUCCGGUGGCAGAUCGGUGGGGUGGAUGUAUUUAUACCGAACUGAUGGCAACUGUAUUUUCUACGUAGCUGCACACACACACACACAAACACACGGACGGGAAUCGGGAGCAGGCACAAGAGCAGAGGAGCGCUUUGGCCUCCACUUUGGUUCGGGUUCCUCGGAGGACGCGUUCAAAGCUGUGACCAACCUUCUUUUCAAGCUGCCCCUCGCAACAGUCCGGCCUUGGGCGUGGGGAGGAUGGAGAGAGAGGAGGGAGCUUUUAAUUUCGAGUUUUAUAGUCCCACUGUAGCCCUCUCUAGUGGAAGUUGUUGGCUUCGUUAUUCCGGUAAAUCGGCGAGCGAAUCGCCGGCGCGCGUUAUCGGCUCUCCAGUAUUCCGAAGGCUGCCCGCGUUACAAACGCAGAACUCUUUUCCUGUAUGUGUACUGUACAUAUUUGUGUAUAUUUAUACCUCAGUCCUAGGUUAAUUGCAAUCUGCUCGGAGCAGUGUGAAGCUGAAUCAGUCUGCUGGCAGUAGCACUAAUCUGUGACACGGCUCGUGUCGCCGGUCCCGUCCCUCUGUCCGAACGCUGUAACGUCAAUCACACAACCUGACAAACAAACAAACAAACAAACUCUCUCUUCGGCCCAUUGCUUGGUUUGCCACGUGAUUUUUUUUUGAUUAGGGAGGAGGCUGGAAUGGAUCGAGGCACGCGGAUUGAGCUUCGAAUUCCAGCGUUGGCAAACAGAACAGAUUUGCCAGAGAGGUUCAAAUGAAACGGAUUUUCCUCUUUUAUCGUGGUCAUCAUUGGAUCGGGUGAUGCUGCAGGUCCUGCCCACUGCUCUCCUUCUCUGCUCUGCUGGUUGAUUCAGGUCUGGCAGAAGUACCUUUAGCUGUCAAAAAGGGAAAAGUAUCUUUUUUUUUCUUAACCAAAGAAGAGGCACAAAAGUAUGUUUGAAAGCGUCAUUGUUGUACAAGUCAGACUCUAAUGAAGCGUUUUUCAGAGGAGAACCCUCUCUGUGCCACAGAAAACGUGCAGAUACGAAAAUGUGCAGAUGUAUCAAUAUGCAGUGGAGGGGCCUAGGGGGGGACAAAGCAGAUGACACUACUUGAAAAGCUCCAGGUGACCCCCACGAGUUCCAGGGCAGAGCUGCUCGAGAGCAGAACUCCCUGGCGUGGUCCCCAGGCGGUGUGAGAACACCUGGGAUCAGCUUUCCCUGCUGCAGCCCCUGCUGGGAUGGCUGUCCCGGGCAGGGGGGGGGUCACAGCCGCCACUUCAGAGCAUCCAGGCAGUUGGGAAGGCAGGGGGUGGUUGGAAAUGUCAGGCUGCUCUGUGGGAGAUGCGCUGGGAGCUGGGCAAAAGGAAACAAAACCGUCUGAAACCUUCUUCCCUUUCUGAGCCCCCCCCCCCCCCGUGUCUGGUAAGGAUGGAAAAGGCAUUUUAAAGACAUUUUAAAGCUUAGUUUGAACUUUUUAAGGUGCUUCUCUUUGGUUCUGGGAUAAUCUGGUCAGCUCCUGCCUUCCUGCCCACCUGCCUCCCUGGGAGCACGGGAAUCCUGGGGAAAAGGAGGGGAGGCGAUCUCAAAGUCUGUAUUUAACAAAGGCAGGUAAAGAAUUUAACUUUUUAAUCUAUUUUUGGUAUCUCCGAGGCUCUCCCUGGCUGGGGGAUCUGCUGUCUUUGUUAAACAUUAAGGUGUACAUGCAUAUAUCUCUAGUGCAUGCACAUAGAUCUUGGUAUUUAACUGGUGUAUUGCAAAAUGUAUCAAUGUUUGAAGAAUUAACAAUUUAAUGCAAAGACUCUCUCGGUUUCUCUGACAGUAUCUACAAGCAACGAGCUCUGUGCACACUUGCAUUUGAAAUGGAAUUGUACAUUUUCUAGUCUAAAAAAAAAACAAAAGAAAAAGCAGACUUGCUUCUAAACCCCAGUGUUUGGUUUUUGAGUCUUAUGUCUUCCCUGGGCUGAAUCCACACAGGCUGGGUGAGCUGGGGGUCGGUUGGUAAGAAAAGGAGUUGUUGCUGUUGGUGGUGGAGCAGUGUUGGGAUUUCUGCUGCUUUUUCGGUCGUGCAUUUGUAGGAACUCUCUGUCAGAGGGUGCAGGUGUGGUGGUGGCUGCAGGUGCGGGUUGUGAUGUAAGCAGAUACUCCGUGUUUACACAUCACUUCAGUUGGUUUUACUCUUUCCUCCCCGUGCCACUUCCCCUUGCUGUGGCCUCUGAGGUUCACCUUGUCUUGGUUUCCCCGGUGCCCAGAGAGCCCAGCAGGGCUGGGAGUGACUGCACACCUCAGGACCGGCUGUCAGACAGGGGUUUCUGUGCCCUGAGGAAAGGUUUGCAGUGCAAACAUUCAGUUGUUUUCUGUGUGUUGGUCAGUGAGCAGGCCAGUGUUAACCUGACUGCAAACGUGGCAUGGCUCACUGUGAGCUUUCUGUGUAUUCUGCAUUUCUGAGGGCAGACGUAGCCAGAAUUCAGUGGUGGCUGAUGUUUCCUGACACAUUGUGCUGCUGUCCAGGGCUUUGGGGGUUUAAAUGCUGAGUUUCAGUCUGUGGGGAUGGUGGGGUUUGUCAGCAGAGGUGACAGUUCCAGACUCACCUGGAAUGGUUGCUGUGAGCAAUUCCAGACUCUGAUCAAUUCCAGACUCUCACCUGGAGUAUUUGCUGUGAUCAGUUCCAGACUCUGUGAUCAUUUCCAGACUGAUCAAUUCCAGACUCUGACCUGGAGUAUUUGCUGUGAUCAAUUCCAGACUCUGAUCAUUUCCACACUCUCACCUGGAGUAUUUGCUGUAAUCAAUUCCAGACUCUGAUCAUUUCCAGACUCUCACCUGGAGUAUUUGCUGUGAUCAAUUCCAGGCUCUGUGAUCAUUUCCAGACUCUCACCUGGAGUAUUUGCUGUGAUGGUGCUUUGAAGUGCACGUGUGUGAGCUUAGGAAUGUUUUAAAUUCAUGUCACUGAGAAGAGCAGCCAAACUUUUGAUCUCUAGACCCUUUUGUGUUUUGUGCAAGUGCUCCUUGUUGACAGCUUUUUUCCCUGCAGGGGAAUUCCCGUUUUUCUCCCAGUUCUGUCAUCAGAGAAGCCAGGGAACUUUGCAUCAGUGCUGCUCCACUCGGGGAUUGUUGGGCAGGGAUUGUUUUACCCUGAGCCAUGACCUUGGGGUGUGAUGCUGUUGUUUCACCCUUGGGAUUCUGCUGCCUUGGCUUCCAGCUGAAGCUCAAGCUUUGCCUUUGUUCUACAUGAAAUUCAUUCUUAGGAAAAGGGAGGGGCCUUAAAAACGGUUAUUGAAGUAAUGCUGCAAAAUGGCAUUUUAGUAGCAAAAAAAAAAAAAAAAGAGUCAUAUUUCAAUAAUCAAACGUUUCUUUCUGUUUAGAAGAUGAUCACUUUGGGGAAUCAUCUCUGGAAUAUGCUGCUUCUGGCAUCUGGGAAUUGUACAGGUCUUUAAUUGUGAGGAGAGGUGGAAAAUAAACUUGGGGAGUGUGAACAGCUUCAUUUUUUAGGUUUUUUUUCUUUUCUUUUUGGGAGGCUGAGUAGCUGCUCUGCUGAGCAUUGUGUAGGUGUGUGAAUGGUAAAUGCACCUUCCACAACUCUGCAGCUCAAGUGCCUAAAACUAAUUCCAUAAUCAGCUUUAUUUCCUAUGCUACGAUUCCCACUCCCUUAAAAUAGAGAUAUCUAUCUAUAAAAGCCUCCCAGUGUGUGGAAAUGAGUGGGUUUUCCCCUCCCCACGCCCAAGUUUUAACAGGAUUAGUGAUACAUUUGUUACAGUUCUCCUAUCCCUGCCAUUCCAGGCACUUUUCCAUUUAUCGGGCACCACUGCGUUUGCUUUGGGACAGGAAAUACCGAAUUUGUCCUUGUGUCAGGGUGGUUGGCUGGAAUUCCUGUCAAGGGACCGUUUCGAUAGCUCAAUCCAGGAAUCCUUGGCCUUGGAAAGCUCCUGGUGGCAGCGGCUCCCUCCUCCUCGCUGGCUGGUGGAACACGGGGCUUGUCACUGUCAGAUUAAUUAGGGCUGAAAAGUCGUUUUCAGCUAAUUGAGAUGGAUGUGCUGAGCAGCCCUGGGCAGGGCAGCGAUGAUCCCGUGAGUGGCACCAAGAGUGGCACCGAGGAGGGGAAAUGUCUUUGCCCUCGUGUGAUGCUCCAGAUGUGGCCAGGUUAUCAAUCCAGAUGUGACUUUAUAACCUUGUGGUGAGUGCAUGAAGUGGCCAAAAAUGAUGAAUUCCCAGGGGCUGCUGCUGUAUCUUUUUAUUCCAUGUGUGGGAAUCACGAGCAGGAGCUCUCUCCUUGCCUUAAGAGGGCCUUAGCAGUGAGUUUUUCUAUUGCAGCUUUAUCCACAGUGGCGUCACUUUACCACCCUGAGCCUUUUAAGCCAGAUUUUGGGUAAGGACAGAGCUGGGUGGGGUUUUUAAGCAUUUCCUAUUUGUAAAUGUACAACACUCAGCUGAGACUGGAUGAAGCCAGAAAAUGCUGCUUUACCUGGGAGGCUGGGAAUCCUUCCUUGGACAUCUUCAGCUCAGCGUUCUCCUUGUCUAGCUGGGGAGGGCGCCAAGAAAAGCUGGAUUCUUUGGAGAAUUUAAAAAAUAAACCCAGCUCAGGCUGGGGGGGCCCGUGGGUGGGACUGGGGUGUGAGCGAGGGAUGGGGACAGCCCCGGUGUCGCAGUGGCCGCCGCAGGGUCGGAGCGCUCCCCUGCAGUCCUUGGCUGCUGCUAAACUCCGGCUGCUGCUCCGUGUCCCGCCUGGUGUUCGCAGCGAUCCCCGCAGCGGGCUCAGGUUUCCUUUGAUCCUUUGUACUUCUCUCUCUCUCCAGACUUUGUCAUCUUCCCGGAAAAAAAACAAAAAAAAAACAAAAAACACCAACCAAACGCGGCCAGGACGUGGCUAAGUGCGAGAAAAUUGCAUUUCAGAAUGUAUAAAACGAUGGCUUCAGAUUAACCCCCGGCCUUGGGAGGGCUGGCAGCUCCCAGCUGGAGCGCUCCUGUGCCUGCACUCACGCGUGGGUAUUAAAGUCAUUUAGCCAAAAUAUUUUAUACAGCUGUUUAUUACGGUAAAGGAAAAUGGGAUUCUAUUAAGCAACGUUUUUUCCCCCCCCUGAAAUUCGAUCAGAGCAUUCCUUGAAUUGUUCCCCCUUUGCCGCUUUCUGUCUUUCAAACUCUGGUUUUCACGCAGCUGAAGGGAACUGGUUCCUUUCUCUUAAUUCUUGUUGAAGUGGAGCAAAUACAAAUUUGGGCUGGGGAGCUCUGUACCAUCAUUUUUAUGCGUUUGUAGAUGAUGUCAAUUGCUGAUUCUUUAAAACCUACCAGUAUUUAUGAUUUGAAGUUGAAAACACUUGUCAAAAUGUGCCUGUUUGCAUUAAACUUUGUGUGUGGGAGUUGCAGUGAGAGUUUUCAUGCAGAUAUGUGAUUUCUGACCUGGGUUUUGGGGCUGUUCAGCUGUUUUGGGGUGAAAUGGGCUGUUCUGCCCAGCCUGUGAUGGGGGGUUUGUUUGGGGAGCUUUGUUCGGGGUGAGUUUGGUGAUAAGUCUGUGCUGGCUGGUGUCAGGAGCGGGAAUUAAAAUGAGCGUGAAAUGUUGUUUUCCUGUCAGAAAUGCUGAAUCCCAGGGAUGUGCCCCUCUUCCACAGCCACACAUCACACACACAGGUACCCGUGAGUGCUGGGGCGCUGCAGGAAACUUCUCCAGCAGCACAAGAGAUGGAGCCAGAGCUGGCUGAGGAGAUCAAACCCCCAGUUUUGUAUUCAUGGGCUGGAUGUGGCACUCGGUGCUCGGGUCUGGGUGCCAAGGGGGGUCGGGCACAGGUUGGACUGGGUGACCUUGGGGGGAUUUUCCAGCCGUGGUGAUCCCAGGGUUGUGUAAAGGCUGUUCCUGUCCGGCUCUGCAGCCACACCAGCCCUGGGAUCUGGGGCUCCAUGGGUCCCUUCCAGCUGCAGGAGCUGUAUCCAUGGGGUGAUCCCAUGGAAUAACCUCCUUGGGUCCCUUCCAGCUGCAGGAGCUCUAUCCAUGGGGUGAUCCCAUGGAAUAACCUCAAUGUAAAUAACGCACAGACAAACGGAGUUCUCGCAGUUCUGAGGAAUGAGGAAUUGCAGCAACCCCUCCCCCCGUUAGGAUGGUGUAGGAGAUGGCAAAAUGCCUUUCCACAUUCCUUAUCCUUCCACCUCCGCUUUUAGCCGUGCUGCCUGGAGCUGCUUCCUUUGGGACGCGCUUUUCCCAGCAGGGUGGGCUCUGCCUCCAGUUCCUGCCCGGUGCUGCUGCUCCGCUGCCCGGAGCGGCUGUGGCUGCCCCUGGACCCCUGGCAGUGUCCCAGGCCAGGCUGGACAGGGCUUGGAGCAGCCUGGGAUGGGGGAGAUGUCCCUGCCCGUGGCAAGGAGUUGGAAUUAAAUGAUCUUUAAGGUCCCUUCCAGCCCCAACGAGUCUGGGAUUCCGUGAUUCCCCUGGGACAUUGGUGAAGCAAUGCUGAGCUGCCUUAAAGCCAGGUCCUGUUCCUCUUAACUCCAUGAUUCCUUGACCGUGACGUAACUUCUGGAUACCGCUGAUAGUUUUCCUUGGAAUCCAGUUAAGUAUUAGGUGAUUAAAAGAGAAGCCACCAUUCUCACACAUUAUUUUUGUCUGGUAUAGCUCAGCUGUGCAUUCCUCAGGCCUUUGCACCCGGUGUAUGGAAAUGUGAAUAGGCUUUUUUACAGAAAAUGUUACUUUUUUGGCUCUUUUUCUUGAGUGCGUAAAAGCUAAGACUGCUGAGUUCUCCUUCAUUGUUGUUUUUAAAAGAAUACAUUUAAAAUUAAUUUAAUAAUCAAUACUUUCUUGAUGCCAUUACCGCUUUUUAAAUUACUGUCGCUACUCUCGUUGCACGGUCUGUAUUGAGUUAUUCAGAAUAUGUUUUUAUCAUAACAUGGGGAUGAAAUACGUGUAAAGCUACAGAACAGUCAACAGUAUUGACAAUAAAGACAGUUAAUUCCAGUCAUUAAUUUUUCAGUUCUGAUAGUUUUUACCUUCACUCUUCAGAACUGGAAGGGUUUUUUCCUUUUUCAAAUACAUAUGUGUGUGUGUGUAUAUAUGUGUAGGCAACUCGUGGGGUCAUGUAAAGAGGUCAUGCAAAAAGGUCGGGCAAAUUUCCUUGGGAACAGUGAAAACUGUCCAAAGUUUUGUACAGAAAAAAAGAUUUAGUGUAAAUGUUGGAGAGUUCUGAGGGAGG